CUCGCUCAAAACGUCGAAAACCCUCACAAGUACUUAAAAAACGUCGCCAGCGAGGGAAAAUCGCACCGAUUUGGAGGCGCUGGCGACGGUUUUUGGCCUGCGGGACCCUUCAAACGCGACGUUCCACAUUCCGCUCCGUUCCGCGUUUGUUGAUUUCAGGAUUGGCGGUCGUUCACGAUUACACACUCGCGCAAAGUGAUUUUUCUUGUUUCGAUAAUUUGCUUCGAUGAACAGUCAACAAGAAGUUCUGGCUAGGCCGAAGUUUGCACCAUCACAACCCAGCGACGCGUCGGUGAGGACGGGGCGAUGAGAUUGUGUGUUCUUAAAAUAACCCGAAACACGCUGCGUGAAAUCAAGUCCGGCAAAGAAGAAACCAUCAACAGUGUGCAGAACAACGUGCUAACGGCACGUUCUUCAGGGCGAAUCUUUCCUCCAACUUGAGCGCAGAUUUAAGCAAACACGCAGUAUGGUCGACUCGCCGCAUCACGUCCACUUUGACCAAGCGGUGAUAAACGACGGGCUGCACGAUAACAGCAUUAUCUAUCAAGUCGCCCCCGACGGAACGUCCCUGACCGUCCACCUGGGAUUUCUGCAGAUAAAUCACCGCUACCGCAUCGAGCUGAAUGUGCCGGCGCAAGCAAUAAAGGAUGCAGGCUUUACUGCCGACGGCAUCAGCGCCUUCGUUGCGCAGGAUGUCGCAGUGCCGAACGUGCACUGCCGGCUGCUGGAUUUUCCCUCCCGCACGGUUGAGGUAAAGGGCGUGGAGCACUUUGCCGUGACGAUCGAGUUUUUCGCCCACAAGGAGAAGCUGCUGAAGGAAUGUUUGCAUUUGUGUGGCAAGGAAGAGGCCGGCCGGCGGCUGGAACUGAUUCUGGUGGCGCGUGUGCUCGGAAAGGGCAAGGGGACGCCGAUGCUGCGGAACGGGAUUCAUUGCAUCGGCGUGGACAAGAACGACGACGAAUCGGAAAUGUCCGAUUGGCAGGGUUUUGCUAAAGAAAAGUAAACAGCAGACCCAUUUGCUAUGUCUGCAUUGUGUAUUUUUACCGCCUAUUGAUAGCGUAAUAAAUUUCCCAAAACUCUUUUGAAAAAAAAAA